CCGGAAGUCUAAGCUGCGGGUCUUUUCCCCCCAUCCCUUCGAAUCUUUCUCGAAACUGACCUUCGGGAGUUUCCCUGGAGGAGGAGGAUGCAAGGAAGCAAAGCUGGCGGGAAGGAUUAUGUGGAUUGUCAAUUGAAAUGAACCACCCUGAAGUGGAGAAAGAGACUCAAGAGGGAUUAGGGAGGCAGAAGGAGAGCCAAAGAGAUUGCCAAGAAAUUCCAGCCCAACAAGAAGAUCACCAAAGAAAAGGAACGAAGGAGGAAAAGACCCAUGAAUGGGAAACCAGUCAGUUGUAAAGCAAGUGUCAGUACACACUGAAGGGCCAAAAUGGAGGAGCAGAGAAAAACAUCUUUGGAGCAUGGAAAUAGCUUCAGUCGGAGCUCACAGCUGCUCUCCCAUCAGUGUACCGAGGAAGAGGAGAAUGCUGGGCAUGGAGAUGGAUCAAAUAUUGAGGACAGAAAGCAAAUGGACACUUGCAGGGAUGAAUCCGAUGCUUCUAGGAGUGCAGAGUUCCGCCUCAUCCCAGUCAUACGCCUCAUCCGAAUCGUACCGGAAGAAUGGAGCGGAAAGAGACAGAAAACGCAUCCUGUACAGGGAAAGACUGUCAGUAGUAGUUUAAGCCUUAAGACACAUCCAAGCAUAUGCAAAGGGGAGAGAGUGUACAAAUGUUUAGAGUGUGGGAAAAGAUUCACGUCCAAAGAUUCACUUGCUGUGCAUCAGAGAACCCACAGAGGGGAGAAAUGCUUAGAGUGCCAGGAGUGUGGGAAAAGAUUCAGACAGAGGGCCAACCUUGUGUGGCAUCAAAGAAUGCACACCGGGGAGAAGCCAUUUAAAUGCUUGGAAUGUGGAAAGAGCUUCCAUUUUAAAGCACAUCUUAUUUGCCAUAAAAGGGUUCACACAGGAGAGAAACCGUAUACAUGCUCAGAGUGUGGAAAGAAUUUCAGUCAGCUAGCCAACCUCACUAAACACCAGAAAACACACACAGGUGAAAGACCAUAUAAAUGCUUGGAGUGUGGAAAGAGCUUUAAGCAUGGUGCAUGUCUUACUGCCCAUCUAAGAAUUCACACAGGGGAGAAACCAUUUAAAUGCACAGAGUGUGGGAAGAGUUUCACUCGGAGCUCAACCCUUACUUCACAUCAAAGAAUCCAUACAGGGGAGAAGCCACAUGCCUGUGUGGAGUGUGGAAAGAGCUUUUUCGCUAAAUCUAGCCUUAAGGAACAUGAAAGGAUUCACACAAGGGAGAAACCAUUAAAAUGUCUGGAGGAUAGUAAUAACUUCAGCAACCACUCAGCCUUGACUUCUCAUCAAAGAAUCCACACAGGGGAGAAACCAUAUAAAUGCCAGGUGUGUGGAAAGCGCUUCAGUCAUAGUGACCAUCUUCAUAGCCACCAAAGAAUACACACAAGAGAGAAACCAUUUAAAUGUACAGAGUGUGGGAAUAGCUUCACAAGUAGUUUACACCUUGCUACCCAUACUAGAAUCCAUACAGUAGAGAAACCCUAUAAAUGUAUGGAAUGUGGGAAGAGCUUCAGUAGGAAAUGGAUCCUUACUUCACAUCACAGAACCCACACAGGGGUGAAACCAUUUAUAUGCCAGGAGUGUGGAAAGAGCUUUUGUCAUAGGUCUACUCUUACUUCCCAUUAUAAGAUCCACACAGGAGAAAAACCAUUUAAAUGUAUGGAGUGUGGGAAGAGCUUCACAAGUAGUGCACAGCUUGUUACCCAUCAAAGAAUCCACACAGGAGAGAAGCCAUUUAAAUGCUCGGAGUGUGGGAGGAGCUUCGCUCAGUUGUCAAACCUCAAUUCACAUGAAAAAAUCCACAAAGGAGAGAGACUAUUUAAAUGUGAGGAAUGUGGGAAAUGCUUUAAGCAUAAAACAUGCCUUUCUUCCCAUAUUAUAACUCACACAGGAGAGAAACCAUUUCAAUGCCUGGAGUGUGGUAAGAACUUCAGUUGGAAAGAUAGCCUUAGAAAACAUCACAGAAUCCAUACAGGAGAGAAACCAUAUAAUUGCCUUGAAUGUGGGAAGAACUUCAUAAGCAACUCAGCCCUUACUAGUCAUCAGAAAAUCCACAGAGAAGAGAAACCAUAUAAAUGCCAGGAGUGUGGAAAAAGCUUUGGUCAUAGGGAACACCUCACUAAUCAUCAAAGGAUCCAUACAGGGGAGAAGCCAUUUCACUGCCAGGAGUGUGGAAAGAGCUUUAAUCGGAGCUCAGCCCUUACCUCCCAUCAAAGAAUCCACACAGGAGAGAAACCAUAUCAAUGCCUGGAGUGUGGAAAAAGCUUCCAUGACAGCUCAGAUCUUACUAAACAUCUACGAGUGCAUACAGGAGAGAAACCAUUUAAGUGCUUGGAGUGUGGAAAGAGCUUCAGUAGGCGAACGAACCUCAACAAACAUCAAAAAAUCCACAAAGGAGAGAAACUAUAUACAUGCCAGAAGUGUGGAAAGGGUUUCAUACACAAUGCCCAACUUUCCAGCCAUAACAGAAUCCACACAGGGGAGAAACCAUAUACAUGCCUGAAGUGUGGAAAAAGUUUCAGCCAUAGAUCAGGCCUUAAAAACCAUGAAAGAAUCCAUACAGGAGAGAAACCUUAUAAAUGCUCAGAGUGUGGGAAAAGCUUCAGACACAAUUCUCACCUCUUUACCCAUCAGAAAACCCACAAAGGUGAGAAACCACAUAAAUGCCAGGUGUGUGGAAAGAGCUUCAGUCGUCAUGACCAUCUUCGUACCCACCAAAGAAUACACACAGGAGAUAAACCAUUUAAAUGUACAGAGUGUGGGAAAAGCUUCAGAGAUAGUACACAGCUUGCUACCCAUAACAGAAUCCAUACAGGACAGAAACCAUUUAAAUGUAUGGAAUGUGGAAAAAGCUUCACAAAUAGUGCAAACUUUUCUGUCCAUAGUAGAAUCCACACAGAAGAGAAACCAUUUAAAUGCCAGGAGUGUGGAAAAAGCUUCACUCAGAGGUCUAAACUUAUUACACAUCAAAGAAUCCACACAAGAUAAGAACCAUUUAAAUGUCUGAAGUGUGAGAGGAGCUUCAGUCGGAAAGAUAGCCUUACUACGCGUUACAGAAUUCACAUACAGAAGAAGUCAUAUCAAUGUCAGGAGUGUGGAACGGGUUUUGCCGACAGGAGAAGCCUCAUUUCACAUCAAAAAUUCCACAAAGGCAGGGGGGAAAGAAGAUCCACCCCACCCCACCCGAUGCAGGCUGCGAGGCGUUCCGCGUCUUGCGCGCUGUUUCUUUGCCAGCCCUCAGGAUGCUGCCCCCGGCUGCUGCUCUGUCGCCCGUAUGCCUUUGCCCCGCCGCAUUGGACGGUGGUGUGUUCAAGCGGGAACCGGAAGUCUAAGCUGCGGGUCUCCCCCCGGUAUGCCAUUCCCUUCGAAUCUUUCCGGAAAACCGACCCCGGGAGGAGUUUCCCUGGAGGGCAGCAGCAGGACGCAAGGAAGCAAAGCAGGUCAUGGGAAGAAUUAUGCAGAGCCAGGACAGGACAAGUGAACCACCAUGAAAUGGAGGAAGACGCCUGUGGAAGCAAGAGGGAUCAGGGAGGAAGGAGGCAAGCCAAAGAGAUUUCCAGACCAACAAGGAUAUUGCCAAAGAAAAGGCCUGUGAGUGGGAAACUAAUCAGUUGUAAAUUGAGCCUCAGUACAUGCUGCAGAGCCCAAAUGGAGGAGAAGCAAAAUACAUGUCUGGAGCAUGAAAGUAGCUCUGGUAAGAACUCACAGUCGAUCUCCCAUCAAUGUACCCAGACAAGGGAGAAUGUUGGGAGUGAAAAUAGAUCAAAUAUUGAGGACAGAAUCCAAAUCAGCAAUUUGAAGGAUGAGUCCAGUGCUCAUCAGAGUAGAGAUUUCCUCCUCAUCCCAUCUGUAGAAGAAGAAAGGAGUGGAAAGAGACAGAAAAAGCAUUCUCCACAUGGAAAGACUGUCGGUAGUAGUUUAAGCCUGAAGACACAUCCAAGAAUCUGCACAGAGGAGAGAGUGUACAAAUGCUUGGUAUGUGGGAAAAGAUUUGUUCACAAAAAUUCACUUGUUUUGUACCAGAGAAAUCACAGAGGAGGCAAACCCUUUAAGUUUCUUGGAUGUGGAAAAAGAUUCAGGCAGAGGGCCAACCUCACUUGGUAUCAAAGAAUGCACACUGGGGAGAAGCCAUUUGAAUGUUUGGAAUGUGGGAAGAGCUUCAGUUGCAGAGCACACCUUGUUUGUCAUAGAAGGGUUCACACAGGAGAGAAACCGUACACAUGCUCAGAGUGUGGGAAAAGAUUCAGUCAGCUUUCCAACCUCACCACACACACAAAAACACACACAGGGGAAACACCAUAUCAAUGCUUUGAAUGCGGAAAGAGCUUUAAGCGUGGUGCAUAUCUUACUGCCCAUCAAAGAAUCCACACAGGGGAGAAACCAUUUAAAUGUUCAGAGUGUGGAAAGAGCUUCGCUCAGUGGUCAACCCUCAAUUCACAUGAAAAAAUCCACAAAGGAGAGAAAUUAUUUAAAUGCCAGGAAUGUGGGAAAUGCUUUACACACAAAAGUCUCCUUACUGUUCAUAAUAGAAUUCACUCGGGAGAGAAACCAUUUCAGUGCCUGGAGUGUGGAAAAAGCUUCAGGCGGAGCUCACACCUCACUACCCACUGUAAAAUCCAUACGGGGGAGAAACCAUAUAAUUGCCACGAGUGUGGAAAGAGCUUUAUAAACAGUUCAAUCCUCACUACCCAUCGGAAAAUCCACACAGGACAGAAACCAUAUAAAUGCCAGGAGUGUGGAAAGAGCUUUGGUCGUCGUGAUCAACUUAUUAACCACCACAGGAUACAUACAGGGGAGAAACCAUUUCUGUGCCUGGACUGUGGAAAGAGCUUUAAUCGGAGCUCAGCCCUUACUUCCCAUCAAAGAAUCCACACAGGAGAGAAACCAUAUCCAUGCCUGGAAUGUGGAAAGAGCUUCAGUGGCAGCUCAGAUCUUAUUAAACAUUUACGAGUGCAUACAGGAGAGAAACCAUUUAAGUGCUUGGAGUGUGAAAAGAGCUUCAGUCGGAAGUCAACCCUCAACAUACAUCAGAAAAUUCACACAGGAGAGAAACCAUAUGAGUGCCAAGAGUGUGGAAAGAGGUUCAAGCAAAGUUCACAGAUUACUACGCAUAACAGAAUCCACACAGGGGAGAAACCAUAUACAUGCUUGGAGUGUGGGAAGAGCUUCACUCGAAAGUCAAGCCUUAUUAGCCAUCAAAGAAUCCACACAGGGGAAAAACCAUAUACAUGCUCAGAGUGUGGGAAAAGCUUCAGAUAUAAUUCAGAUCUGGUUACCCAUCAAAAAACCCACAAAGGUGACAAAUGAAAUAAAUGCCAGGUGCAUGGAAAGAGCUUCAGCCAUAGUCAUCACCUUCGUCUCAAGAAAGAAUCCACACAGGAGAUAAACCACUGAAAUGCCUGGAGUGUGGAAGUACGGUAGCUUCAGAAACAGCUCUGCCCUUACUUCUCAUUAGAGAUGUGCAUGAACCUGUUCAGCAGUCCUUUUACAAACUGCCAAACUGGUCUGGAGGUCCGGGAUUUGGACUGGUUUGUAGGUGGGGGGGUUACCUUUUAAGGGGCAGGGAGGGUGCUCCCCACCCUGCUCCCCCCCCCACUGGCACUGUCUCCAAAAAUGCUG